AUGAGCGAACGGCAAAUGCCCAGUAUAUUCAGCGAUUGUGAUGAGCUGAAGCAGGUGUACGACAAGUGCUUCACGGACUUUUUUCAAAAAUUCAUCAUGCCCAAUUUUCGACAUCAAUACGCGAUCAACCCAUGCGAGAGACUACACGAGGCUUACAGUGAAUGUGUUAAAGAGCGCCUUGACAAAUCGAAACUAUACGACAUUGAUCUGGACGAGCUGCGUAAAGAAGUGUUAGGAACGGCCGAGGAGAAGUUGAAGCCUGAUGAGCCAAAAAAG